CCCGAGCUUCGACAGUCUGCAAUGGCAGUUCCGAGUCGCAGGUCCGGUUUGGUCCCUAGGGACGAAGAUCCAGGGAUAGCUGAGGAACAAGUCCCGAAGCCCGCCGUGACACAGCUGCCCUGGUUGCAAUUGAGUAUUGUGUACUGGGUGCAACUAUCCGAACCUAUGACCGGAUAUGUCCUGUUUCCAAUUAUCAACCAGAUGAUCCUUGAAUACGGCCUCACCAAUGGCGACGAGAAAGAAGUCGGAUACUAUGCCGGCGCUAUUAUGUCCGCAUUUUAUGUUACUGAGACUCUUUUUGUCUUCUUCUGGGGACGAUUGUCCGACAGACUGGGCCGUCGCCCAGUAGUCCUCACAGGAAUCCUUGGCUCCGGCGUGACUAUGGUCAUGUUUGGUCUCAUGAGGACUUUCGUCGGUCUCCUGCUGAGUCGUGGCUUGUCUGGAGCCGUCAAUGGCAAUAUCGGCGUACUAAAAAGUAUGAUUGCUGAGAUGACCGACGAGACCAACCAAGCUAGAGCGUGGAGUCUCGCGCCUGUAGUGUUUGCUUCGGGCGCUACUUUAGCGCCAAUCAUCGGCGGCGGUCUUGCCCAUCCUGCAGAACGGUUCUCCAGGCUAUUCGGCAGUUGGGACUUCUUCAAGGCAUAUCCAUACUUUCUACCUUGCUUUGUAGCCUCUAUAUUUCCUUUCUCUGCUUUCGUGGUCUCAGCACUCUUCCUUAAAGAGACACUCCCUACUCGGGACCACCCUCGCAAAGCCGCUGCUAACACUAGUGGGUCGAGUGAGCCUGACUCUGAUCAGGCUGAGCCCUCCGCAUCAACGCCCUUGCUCCAGAAGUCGGAUAAACCCAAGCCACCUCCUAUCCGGUCAAUUUUAACUACCCGAGUCCAGAUUGCCAUCCUCAACUACGGCACUAUCUCUUUAUUGAGUAUCAUGUAUUCGUUCAUGCAGCCUCUCUUCUUGUCGACUCCCCUCGGCAAAGGCGGUCUUGGCUUAUCCUCUGCGGCGAUCGGGUGGAUCCUAGGGGCAUGCGGACUGUGGAAUGGCUUGUUCCAAGGCCUGUUCUUCCCGGCAUUGCAUAGACGCUUGGGGACAAAGAAGCUGUUUAUGAUCAGCGUCUGCACUUAUAUCCCGCUUUUCGUCCUAUGGCCGUUGAUGACCAUCCUAUCAAGUCGCACCGGGUUUAUCACUCUUGUCGUGAAGCUCUUGCUCGCGAGUUCUCGAGGUUGCUCGCAUAUAUUUAUUACGUCCGCUGCUCCGACAAGGAGUUCACUUGGGGCGACGACCGGAUUGGGACAGACAGUCGCGUCUUUCAUGCGGGUUGUCGGUCCAGCCCUUUCUGCCUCACUCUUUGCGGUCUCGCUCCAAAGGGAUCUGUUCGGGGGAUUCCUCGUCUAUCUGAUCCUAAUCAUCCUGGCGCUGGGUACCAUAGCAGGGGGUACUCUAUUACCGACAGUCAUGAAAAAGGCAUCGGAAGAAGCUGAAGAAGUUGAAUAAGGUCACCGUUGUUGUACAUGUAGUCGUCACGUCGUCACU